UGCGUGCGUGCGUGCGUGCGUGCGUGCGUGCGUGCGUGCGUGCCUCCUAAGACUGUGGAGGACCUAGAGAGGAUGUACAUGGAUCCCUCCCGUGGCUCACUGAUUGAGUUUACUGCUGGAAGAUUCACCUAUGAAGUCAAUUUGGAAGUCAUGAUCCAGAUAAAUACAAGCUCACACACCCAACGACUGGUAAGAAGACGACCGAUGUUCAAAUCAUCCAUAGAUGUUCAGAGAACUACUGGCACAUCUAAUACCACCACUUCUUCUGUGCCACCUUUUUGGGACCAGUCUCGGUUGCCUGGGAUUGGCUUUGAGAGAGUUAUGUUGCCAAACUCAGCAAAGGAAUACAAAGACAUCAAGGCCAUUUUUGAUAAAACAACAGUGGGGUUCAACAUACGCACCAUCGAGAGAGUGCAAAACCCUAUCCUAUGGAAGUUCUACGUGCUGCAAAGAGAUCAGAUGGAAUCCUCAGGGACAAGCAUCAAUGAGAAGCAGCUUUUCCAUGGAACUGACUCCAAACAUGUUGACAGCAUUUGCAGAAACAACUUUGACUGGAGGCUAUGUGGAACAAAUGGAACUUCUUUUGGAAAAGGAAGUUACUUUGCCAGGGAUGCUAAGUACUCACACAGCUACACCAGCCAGUCAGGAGCAAGGUCCAUGUUUGUUUGUCGUGUGCUGGUGGGAGACUACACUGUGGGAAACUCCAGCUAUGUGAAACCACCUCCUAAAGAAACCGGAGGAUCCAUCUUCUAUGACAGCUGUGUGGAUAACAACCAAGACCCCAAAGUGUUUGUAGUUUUUGAAAAGUAUCAGGUUUACCCCGAAUACCUCAUAGAGUACAGUGAUACUGCUUCUCCACCAAACCCUGCUACUCAGCCAAAUCGCAUUGUUCAACCAAACCCUACUCACCAGCCAAAUCCCGUUGUCCAACCAAACCCUACUCACCAGCCAAAUCCCGUUGUCCAACCAAACCCUACUCACCAGCCAAAUCCCGUUGUCCAACCAAACCCUACUCCCCAGCAAAAUCCCAUUGUCCAACCAAACAGUACUCCCCAGCAAAAUCGCAACGGCUCAGAUUCAGAUGACCCUGUGUUUAAUGUAUGUUGUUUGUGUUUAGUCUGGACUUUAUGUUGCCCAUGUGGCAUCUACUUUUAUUUUUGUCACGAUGAUGAUUGACCAGGCCUUGGUGUAUACAGGUACCCUCUAGCAAGGCACUUAAGCCAAAUUGCUCCAGGGAUGCUGAUAUGGCUGACCCUGGCUCUGGUCCCAUCUCUCUGAGGUUCAGGGUUUCUGUUAGCUGAUAAAUGGCAGCUUUUGGCCGUAAAAAAUGUAAAAGCUGGAAAAUAAAAUUGUUGCUGGACAAAUUGACCCGGAGAAAAAACAACGGUAGGCAGGCUAUCAGCGGGUCACCCACCACUUUACAAUGUGAGCUGGAGGCAGUAUGCAUUUUGAAAACAUACAUAAUUGUUUCAAACCUGAAUGUUUUACUCCAUAUUAUGAGCCGGUCUAAGGCACUGCAUCUCAGUGCAAGAGGCGUCACUACAGUCCCUGGUUCGAAUC